AAAAUAUACGAUAUAUUUCCUGUGUGAAAAGGUAUUGUAGGCGGUGUUCGACAGUCUUCUCGCCUUUCAAACCUAGGGUUUGAUAAACCCUAAAUAAACCCUUUAUCCCGCCACUUUCAAUCCAAUCGACUUCAGAAAUGGCGUUCUCGGGUGCAUUUCGUCGUGUUCUUAACGGUUCAUCUUCGAUUAUGACCUCUCACUUUGCUUCAGCUCGAUUCAGCUCAACCCUAACUGCCCCAAAGCUCUUCAUCAGCGGCCUAAACAGAAAUACUACUGAUGAGAAACUUAAAGAAGCAUUUGCUCCUUUCGGCCAGCUUGUUGAGGCAAAAGUGAUCAUGGAUAGAGCCACUCAAAGAUCAAAGGGGUUUGCGUUUGUCACAUACGCAUCAAUAGAAGAAGCUGAAAAGGCUCGUGAAGGAAUGAAUGCAAAGUUCUUAGACGGAUGGGUUAUUUUUGUUGAUCCCGCAAAGCCAAAAGAGUAUAGGCCUCCUCCUCAACCCGAAUCACAACAGUCUUCUGAAUUCGGUUUCAGAACAAACAAGACUAUCGGCUGGUGUGGCAAUUAACAACUUAAUUGUUAUUGAAUUGUGAACCCAUUCUUACUAUUUCUAUUCGAACUGGAUACUCGAAUUAUGCGUAUUAACACUUAGCAUGCCUUUGUAUGGGAUUAUGAUUUAAUGGCGAUAUAGAAACUUAAUGUUUGGAUAAUAAAUUGAUGAAGAUUUUCGCAUGUC